AUGCCGUUCUGGAACCCGUGUUCGCCCAUGAAGGAUGCUUGGACAUCUACCAAUUCCUGUUGGGGGAAAAUUGGGAUGCUGCUGUUCUUUUUCUAUGUAAUCUACAAUUUGAUCGACACUUUAAGCAACAUUGUCCAACCUUUUGCUGGAUACCUACCCUGCUUGAAAGAGACCUUUGCAGGAAACGAUAAUGACACAACUCUCUUUGUGAUCUAUCUUUUUCGCAUGUUCCAUUUGUGGCCCUUUGGAUUUUAUCUGUACGCGUUUGUGAUUGGAUACACCACUCCAAAUAUUGUCAUGAUCAUGGUCUUUACGUCUGCCACGGCGGGAUGGUGGGAACGCAUGGUAAGCGACUUCCAAGAAGGCAGUUCCACUGCUUGUGUCCAGCAUGCUCCGUCAACUUGGAUUAUUUUGAUUGGGUGGCCACUUCUCGCGAUUGUGUUGGGCGAAAUCGACCGUCGCUUCAUGGGAGACCAUGGUUCUGUGCAGGAAAAUCAGAGCCUUCAGCCUGAUUUGGUUUAG